UACGCUCGGGGCGAACAGACGUGUCAUUAGCAAUACCGAAAUUUAAAAUUAAAAUUUAUAACUGUUUACUUAAUAAAUUUAGAAUCUAAGGAAGAAAAAUUAUUACAAGUCUAAAAUAAUAGUGAAAGCUUAAGUAUAUAGUGAAAAUACUACUAUGUCGCUACAGAGAACUCCCACGAAAUGUUCAUCGAACCCAGACUUAACUACAGAAAAUAUGCAGAGAUAUCCAUCACGAAAAAGAAAACAACCGGAAGAUUCUGCAUGCGAACAAAUAGAAAAACUCUCAGAAAGACUUUUUGAGAAGAUCAACUCAUGGAAAGCUGAUAUAGAUAGAGGGAUUUCAAGUAUUAAUAGCAAAAUAGAUACAGUGAUAAGAUGUGAACUGGACACAUUAUCUACACGUACAUUGGAUAUGCAGGAGGAAUUAAAUAAACUGCGCAAAAACUACGACAAACUCGAGUCAACAAUCUCCAAUUUACAGGUACGCCAAACUGAAGUAGUCAAAGAUAUUCUAGAUUUAAAGAAUAGUAUGGAAUUUCAAUCUAGUUCUCACUCUGAUUUACAAAAACGCAUAUGUGAUUUGGAAUCUACAAAUAAAAUCCUGCUUACAACUGACAACAAGGUACAGAAUUUAAAUACACAGGUUGAUCAACUAAAAGGUGAAUUAAAUAUAUACCAUCAAAGGGAAAGGAUUCAUAACUUAGAAAUUAUCGGCGUGCCUGAAGCUAAAAAUGAAUGCCUAAUAGAUCUCACUAUUAAAAUUGCACAUCACGCAGGCGUUGUCAUCACCAGAGAUUGCAUAGAACAUGGAAAUCGCAUUCAACCAAGACAAAUCAUUCAAGGGCGACCCAGGGUAAUUGUAAUAAAAUUAAAAUCUCGGCUGCAUAAAGACAACAUCAUCUCUGGUUUACGAAAAUGUCAUGGAAUAAAGACCAAGGAUGUGGGUAUUCCAGGCGAAGAUCGUCGGAUCUACGUCAACGAACAUCUGACCAGUAAUAAUAAAUUACUACUUAAAAAGGUAAAAGAUAUAGCUAAAACAAAAUUAUUUAAAUAUGUGUGGGUAAAAAACUGUCAGAUUUUCGUGAGACGAAACGAAACUUCACCAGCUAUUUUAAUAAAAAACGAUUGCGACAUAUCAAAAAUCCGUUAGAAACAUUUUUGUUACUGCUUUGUGUUACAACUUCUUUAUUUUUCUACCAAAAACAACAGUGUAUCUGUUUUUCAGUCACGAAGGUUCAUGUCAUCAUUAAUACUAUAUUAAUACAAUAUCUCGAAACGCUAACUGUCAGUCUACAUCUUGUUCUAUUCAUACUAUUUUCUACAAGACUAUUAAUCCACACAAACUACAAACAUAUACAAACACACACACAUUACAAUACAUUUAUCACACUACAAUUCUAUUUCUCUUGUUUAUUUUUGGAGUACGUUAUUGAAAACACAAUAGUAAAUACAACAUUCGUAAAACUAAUUCAUUCUAAAAACUCUGCCCUAAUACUGGAGUAUAAUCACUUUAUCUUAAUAUUAUUAUCAGCUUUUAAAACCUACAUAAAGUACACUAUAUUUUAUCUUAUGGUUAGUGAAAUAAUUAUUUUAAACUGUGCUAUAAAGGAACAUCCAUUCAUGACAUUUAACUUUGGUGAAUUGAUCGUGCUAUUCCACUCGUACAAUACAAAUGAGCGUGAGUCGACACUAAAAAACGCUUGUCUACCCGACAUUGACAGCAAUAUUAUAAACACCGCCAAAAUUAUUCUUUUAUUUAACAUAAUAUAUAUAUCCGCGCGCAUUAAUUAUAACAAGUUUGAUAUUAAGUGUAUAAAAAUGAAUAAAAUAUGCAAUGGUAUUGACUUAGGGAAUUGUUUUAAAUUGCAGUAUGGUUAUGCAAAUAAAAACAGUAUUUUAGAUAAUUACGUUUCGUAUCAGGU